AUGAGGCUACAUGAAGCUUUCCCAAAUAGACAACAUUUACCAUUUGGAGGGAUAUCCAUAAUUUUGAUUGGCGACCUUGCACAAUUACCACCUAUAAUGGACAAGCCUAUCUAUGCUUCAUGCUCAAGUGCCAUAGCACUAUGGAACCUAUUUACAACAACAGUAUCCUUACAAACAGUGUUCUGCCAACAGGGUAUAGAACUAGUGCAAGCAAGAUUCAAACAAAUCCUUACCAACAUACGGAAUGCACAACCAGAACAGGAUGAUUGGCAAUUGUUGAUGACACCCACAAGCAAGGAGCUUACACCUAUUUGCUACAAACGACAUGUUGCAAUUAGCGAAGCUGUAAAUGUUCGAAGUCAGCCAAAUGGUGAAUAUGAGGAUGAACAACUUGAAAAGCAAAUUCUAUUAUGUAAAGGCCAACAAAUAAUGCUAACAACCAAUAUAUGGACCAAAGCAGGCCUCGUAAAUGGGGCUCUAGGUGAAGUAGUCGACAUUGUGUAUGAAUAUGGCUCCAAGCCACCAGAUAUUCCAACAUAUGUAAUAACAAUAAUUAAUAACUAUACUGGGCCAUCAUGGAAUCCGACAUAUCCAAAACUUGUACCAAUAACUCCAAUAUCAAUGGGAAACAGAAGACAAAUCCUGCUUAAGAUGGCGUGGGCUGUAACAGUCCACAAAUCCCAAGGCUUAACACUCCAGAGGGCAACAAUUGAUAUAGGAGCUACUGAAAGGCAAGGCUUGACAUUUACAGCCAUAUCUAAAGUUAAAACAUUAGACGAUCUUCGUACAGAACCUGGAUUCUCCUUUGAAAGAUAUUGUAAAAUGCAGAACAACCCAUAUACAAUCAUUAGGAAGCAAGAAGAAACAAGACUACAACAACGAUCGCUGUAA